UGUCUGAAGCCGUUGCUGGCUUCUUACCGCCUGGCUUUAGCUUUAAUAUUAUAACCCAACGACAGUUAAUAUAUGUGCGAAAACUAUCUGGCUUGCAAUCGACUGAAUAGAUAACAUGGUAUGACUUGAACACAAGAGCUGUGGAAGAUAUCGGCAAUUGAAAGGUUUUAUCCAAGGAGGGACUGAGAGUUCUUGAUGAGGACAGCAGAGCUAUGAUGCACCUCUGAAGACAUCGUGAUCACAUGGGCUCCUAUCCUGUGCUGACCCAAUGGUUUAAUCACCAGGACUAAAAAUGAGCAUAAGCAGUGAUGAGGUCAAUUUCCUGGUUUACAGAUACUUGCAAGAGUCAGGCUUCUCCCACUCAGCGUUCACCUUUGGCAUAGAGAGCCACAUCAGCCAGUCCAACAUCAAUGGAGCCCUGGUGCCCCCUGCUGCCCUCAUCUCCAUCAUCCAGAAGGGCCUGCAGUAUGUGGAGGCUGAAGUCAGCAUCAAUGAGGAUGGGACCUUAUUUGACGGGCGGCCCAUCGAGUCGCUGUCUCUGAUCGAUGCUGUGAUGCCAGAUGUAGUCCAGACCAGACAGCAGGCCUACAGAGACAAGCUGGCCCAGCAGCAGCAGGCUGCGGCAGGCAGUGGCAGCGGCACAGGACCCCAGGGAAGCGCAAAAAAUGGAGAGGGUGCUGCCAACGGGGAGGAAAACGGACCCCACACUUUAGCCAAUCACCACUCAGAGAUGAUGGAGGUAGACAGGGACGUGGAGAUCCCCCAGAGUAAAGCCAUGGUCCUGAGGGGCCACGAGUCCGAAGUUUUUAUCUGUGCCUGGAACCCAGUGAACGACCUCCUCGCUUCUGGGUCCGGGGACUCAACAGCACGGAUCUGGAACCUGAGUGAGAACAGCACAGGCGGAUCCACCCAGCUGGUUCUGAGGCACUGCAUACGGGAAGGGGGCCAGGACGUACCCAGCAACAAAGACGUCACCUCACUAGACUGGAAUAGUGAGGGAACGUUGCUGGCAACAGGCUCAUAUGAUGGCUUUGCUAGAAUAUGGACAAAAGACGGUAACCUGGCCAGUACUUUGGGUCAACAUAAAGGUCCUAUAUUUGCGCUCAAGUGGAAUAAGAAAGGAAACUUCAUCCUCAGUGCUGGUGUAGACAAGACCACAAUUAUUUGGGACGCACACACGGGAGAGGCAAAGCAGCAAUUUCCUUUCCACUCGGCACCUGCUCUGGAUGUAGACUGGCAAAGCAACAACACGUUUGCCUCCUGCAGCACAGACAUGUGCAUCCAUGUGUGUAAGCUGGGUCAGGACAGACCUGUCAAGACCUUCCAGGGACACACGAAUGAGGUCAACGCCAUCAAGUGGGAUCCUACUGGCAGCUUGUUGGCCUCCUGCUCUGAUGACAUGACACUCAAGAUCUGGAGUAUGAAACAGGACUCGUGUGUCCAUGAUCUCCAGGCCCACAACAAAGAAAUCUACACCAUCAAGUGGAGCCCCACAGGCCCCGGGACCAACAACCCCAGCGCCAACCUCAUGUUGGCCAGCGCAUCAUUUGACUCAACAGUGCGUCUGUGGGACGUAGAGCGCGGGGUGUGUAUCCACACACUGACCCGCCACCAGGAGCCCGUCUACAGCGUGGCCUUCAGCCCUGACGGCAGGCACCUCGCCAGCGGCUCCUUUGAUAAGUGUGUCCACAUCUGGAACACUCAGACGGGUGCUUUAGUCCACAGCUACCGGGGGACAGGAGGGAUCUUCGAGGUGUGCUGGAACGCAACGGGGGACAAAGUAGGAGCCAGUGCGUCAGAUGGAUCGGUUUGUGUAUUAGACCUGAGGAAAUGACGCUCGUCUGGGGGAGCCAUGGACCGACUACGAAUGUGUACAUAGCCAAAAUGACUGACUGUCCCUGCCUGUCCGUCACACUGCUGUAGUCCCAUCAGAUGGCAUGGCCCGCCAAUACAGCCAAACGGAGCCCCCCCCCCACCACCAAAACCACCACCACCACCACCAUCAUCAUCAUCCCCACUUAUGUACACACAAGGACCACACCUUCAUCACAUACAGUUCUUAUGCACAUGUAUCUGAGGUCUGUAUGGACACACUCUGACAGACCUGCAGGACGUGUUAUCACUCAGUAUAACCCUGUUGGACCCAUCACAACCGAACCAAAACACCAGGAUUCUUCUUGCUUUCCUCUUUUUAUCCUUUGUACCAGAUUUAUAAAGAUUUUUUGUUCUCUGUUGGUGUGUGCAUAUUGCAUAUGUCAGCAUUUGGUGUCCUGUGGACAUUGUUGUUUUGAAUUUGGAUUUUACUGAUCUCUGUAGGUUUUAUAUUACAUGUGGGUCGGGAGAGAAGGGAGGGUGGGGGAGGGGGUUGAGAGUUGUUUGUCUUUUACAGUGGGUGUUCAAAACUGUUCAUCGGGUGAUCCAUUCAUCUUUAUUUUUUUGUUUUGGCAGUCUUCGAAGUUUCAAAAAUGCAGAUGUAUAGCUCAGACGAUGAAAUGGUCAACUAUUUUUAUCCGAUAGGUUUGUUCCAGGUUUGCCAUUUUUUUUUAAAACAAAGCCUAAAGCAGUUAAUCAAAGGGUGAACUAUCCUUUUCGCAACGUUUAUCCUCAGAAAUGGUUUUCAGGUGUUCACGAUUCAUCAGGUUAAUACGGAGCUCUAAAGAAUUCAAAACCUCUAUGCUGAGAGAUAACCUGUGUAGCUGUUAAACACCAUGUCGCUCUCGUGUUAUAACAGCGCGCGGGGCAGAGAGACAUCAGCGCAGUUAGUCAGCGCGAGGUUCCCGUCGUUUAAACCGAGCUCGUCCUGGACCUGCGUCCUAAGCUUACGAAUAGACGGCCGUGCUUUUUGUGUCAGUAGUGAGGUAACGUGGCACAGUAAUAUCUCUCUUUCUGGCAUCAGUGCAGCUUCUGGGAUCUGUGGGGAAAGAGAGAGGGAGAGAGAAAGAGAUAUACGGGAAAACAAGCCCAUAACCGCUUGAAUCCAUCUGACGUUAACAAUUAAUAGUCAUAGUUGUGCUUGUUUCCUCAGAUAAUAGCUUGUUGCUAUCCAAUGCUGAAUGAUAAUCAGACUAAGUCGGUCUAAUUGUGUCCUGUUUCACCUGCUUGGUCAUUAAACAUCAGAACAUCAUCUGGAGUAUCACUUCCUCUGCAGGCACAGGGUGUUUGAUCGCACCUUCGUAAACAUGACUCAACAUUCGCUCACAAAGCAACUGAAACGGUGACUCGACGACUCGGGGUUUCAUAUCAGUUUGUCAGGUUGAGCGGUCCUUCACGACCUUGAGUCAGCUUAAAACUUUCACUCUGUUGUGUGUGUGCAGCUUUCAUAUCCAGUGUUGACCCAAGUACACACUACAGUCCUUGCUUUGGUUUGCUGUUGUGAGGCAGUUGUUGCCCAGCAUUCACACACACACACACACACACACACACACACACACACACACACACACACACACACACACACACACACACACAUACUCUCUCUGGAGACGGGCUGUGUUCAGGCCUAUGCACGGAUAGACAGCGCUUUUGUUUUGUAGUGUUCAGAGUUGCCAUUGUGAGGCAAGUCUGUGCUUGUUUAAAAAGCAGACUUGCAGCAUAUGACUUGAUGUAACAUGGUAUCUGCAUAUAAUAUAAAUAUAUAAAUAUAUAUCUGUGCUAUCACAGGGGAUUCUUUUGUAUGCCACUCGUGUGCUGAGGGUGGAUUUUAAAGAAACUUUUUGAAGACGCUUGAAAAACAGUAUGUGAUGUUGCUGUGCAUCACCAGGGGUCGUAACCAUGAGGAAUGGUUGUUUUUUUUUUUGUUUUUUUUUAAAUAAAAUACCAUUAAACAGUCAUAGAGAAAAAAAA